AUGCGAAGUCCAUUCUCGUUGGUCACCCUUGGAGCUUUCCUAGGGUUGACCCGUGCCCUGGAUCUCCCCAUUAUCACGCUGCCCUGGGGAAAAUAUCAGGCCGAAGUACUUGCAGACGACGAAGAGAUCCUCCUCUUUAAAAACGUUCGCUUUGGCAUGGAGCCACCUCGCUUUGGUGCUCCAUCCUUCCCCGAUUGGAAAAAUGAUUCUAUCCAGAGCCCAAACCGCGACACAACCUGUUUCCUGUUGACACUUCCUUUGAUUGGCAACCCAGGCCAGACAGAAGAUUGCCUGUUCCUUGACAUCUAUGUUCCCAAGCGGGCUUUUGAAGAAGAUAAAACAGCCCUCCCAGUCACCGUAUGGAUCUCUGGCGGUGCCUACAUAAUGACUGUAAAGACCAAAGGCGGCAAGGCCGCCCUCCAAGCGUCCAACUACAAGUCAAUAUUCAUCGAGGGCAACUACAGAUUGGGAGCAUUCGGCUGGCUCGCCGGCGACUACAUGCAGCAAGUUGGACAGCCCAAUGCGGGCCUUUACGACCAGGCUCUUCUCUUCGAGUGGGUUCAGAAAUACAUCGAUCAAGUCCACGGCGACAAAGAGUCCGUCAGCGCCUGGGGUGAGUCGGCGGGAGCAGGUUCAAUCCUGCACCAUCUCGUCCGCGAGGAUGGUGCGGUUGAUCCCAACUUCCACACCUUUGCCGCACUGAGCCCAGCGUUCGAGUGGGCCUGGGACAACUCUCCUGGAGGGAGACUCGACACAAUAUUUAGGAACUUGUCCUACCUCGCUGGAUGUAAGGAUGCCUACGAUAUCGACUGCUUACGCCAGGCACCCGUUAAAGAUGUUGCCAGCGCGAGCACUGAACUUUACAAUUCAGCAUUCGAAAGCGGCCUGCUCGCGUUUGGGCCUUCCACGGAUGGUAAAUGGAUCAAGAACCUCUCACCCAUCUCCUUUUCCGAGGGCAAAUACUGGAAGAACAUCAAAUCGAGCAUCAUCUCACAUGUUUCGAAUGAGGCUUAUGUGUUCAAGCCCAGGUCCGUGGUCGAUGAGACCACCUUCGACGCAUUCCUCAACGAAUUCCUGCCUGGUCCGGCUCUGGCCCCCCAGAGAGUCGCAAUCAAGAAGCAGUACGACUGCAAGGAGAAGUGGUAUGACGACUACCCACUGUGCGUAACCGCCAUCAUAAGUGACGCCGUCUUCACCUGCAACACACGAGAUCUGGCCACAGCUUACCCUGGCAUCUCAUACAUGAUGGAGUUCGCCUUCCCUGUUGACUGGCUUGCAUUUCAUGCCGUAGAUGUCAUCUUUCUGUUUCACUCCAAUGCUAAGAAGGUGGGGAAGAUUCUGCAGGGCUUCCUGGAGAAGAUUAACAUUCCGCUUCCUAAGAACCAGGUUGAAAAAGCGGCUGGGAUCGUGGGCGAUGUGAUCGAAUCGCUCAGCCGGCCGUAUCAAAAAUAUUUCGCUUCUUUUGCACUUUCGGGUGACCCUAAUACAUUGCCCCAGGAGGUAAAGUGGCCUCCUGUGAAGGACGACGGCGACGAGUUCUCGGACGUCUUGCAAGUUGGCUUUAACUGGGAUACAUCCAACUGGGGCCCUUCUUUUAAGCUUGUCUCGGAUUCGGAGAACUCCAAGGCCAGCUGCUCGUUCUGGACUGAACUUGCCAAGGAGAUUGUGGCCGCAAAGACGACAUAUGGUGCUUCACAUGGCGCUCCGCUGGAGGUGCAGUAUCCCAUUGAUAGUGGCAAUGAGCUCUAA